AUGGUUCGUUCAACCGCAUAUAAGGCCAUCGCGGCCGCUUCUCUCUUCUCACGGCUCUCCUCCGCGGCCAUCACGGCCUGCCCGAACGAUGAGGCCGAAUGGGAUUCGCCCAUUGGAGUCAAGUACACCGUCUGCCCUGGCUCUGACUACCAGUUUGGCGGUGGCAGUCUUCAAUACGUCCAAAAUGUCCAGACCACUGUCGAGUGUGUUCAGAUCUGUGACAAGGAUGCUCGCUGUAACAGAGCCGUCUAUGACAAGGAGCUCAAGGUUUGCCACGUCAAGGACACCAAGAACGAGAUGAACUGGGCCGCCGACGACCGCUUCGACGCCAUCCGCAUGACAAACGACUUUGCCGACGGCACAUUCCUCGCUACCUGCCCCUUCAAGGAGGAGGGCUACCGAGUUCCCAAGGGCAGUGCCGACUACCAAGUCUGCCGUGGCACCGAUUACACCGGUAACAGCGCCAAAAUUGUUCAGGAUGUGACGACCAUCCAAGCCUGCGCCGAGCUCUGCUCGAACACCCAGAACUGCAAGAAGGCCGUCUUUGACAACAUCAACAACGUCUGCCAUAUCAAGGCUGCCGAGCCCGAGACGUCUCUCUUCUGGGUCCAGAACAAGCAGUUCGACACCAUUCACGUCCCCGAGAACAUCAACCCGGCCGUCCAGGGCAAGUGGGGUGACCUCAUCCGUCUGCCUGUGAUCCCCGUUGCGGCUUACAUCGUCCCGUCCUACCCCGAGCCCAGCAGACUGCUGUUCUUCUCCUCGUGGGGAGUCGACGCCUUUGGUGGUGCUUCCGGCUUGACCCAGUACGGUGACUACAACUUCGCUACCGGCCAGAUUUCUGAGCGUGCCGUCGCCAAUACCCACCACGACAUGUUCUGUCCCGCCAUCAGCCAGCUCCAGGACGGCCGCAUCGUCAUCCAGGGUGGCUCCGACGCUGAGGCCGUCAGCAUCUACGACCCGGCAACCAACAACUUCACCCGCGGUCCCGACCUGAAGGUCGCCCGCGGCUACCAGACCUCUACCCUCCUCUCCAGCGGUAAGAUCUUCACAAUUGGCGGAGCCUACUCUGGCAAGCGCGAGGGAAAGAACGGCGAGGUGUACGACCCCGAAGCCAAUGAGUGGACCUACCUGCCCGACGCCGACGUCACCCCGAUCCUGACCAACGACCACGAAGGUAUUUGGCGCGAGGAUAACCACGCCUGGCUCUUUGGCUGGAAGAACAACAGCAUCUUCCAGGCCGGCCCAGGCAAGGACCAGCACUGGUUUGGCAUCGAGGGCACCGGCUCCGUCACCAAGGCCGCCACCCGCGACGACGACGACGCCAUGUGCGGCACCUGGGUCAUGUACGACGCUGUCGCCGGCAAGAUCCUCUCGGCCGGCGGAAGCCCCGACUACACCGAUAGCGACGCCACCGUGCACGCUCACAUCACCACCAUCGGUGAGCCUGGCACCCCGUCCGAGGUCGAGCGCGUGGCGGACAUGGCCUUCCCCCGCGGCUUCGCCAACGCCGUGGUCCUCCCCGACGGCCAGGUCCUCGUCACGGGCGGCCAGCGCAAGUCCCUCGUCUUCACCAAUACGGACGGCAUCCUCAUCGCCGAGCUCUUCAACCCGGAGACCAAGGAGUGGAAGCAGAUGGCGCCCAUGGCCGUCCCGCGUAACUACCACUCCGUCUCCAUCCUCAUGCCCGACGCCACCGUCUUCACGGGCGGCGGCGGCCUGUGCUAUGUCCAGCAGAUCCUGGGCUCGACCGCCGGCUGCGAUAAGACUGUCGACCACGCCGACGGCGAAAUCUUUGAGCCGCCGUACCUGUACAACGCCGACGGCUCCAAGGCCGCGCGGCCCGUCGUCUCGGGCGUUAGCGAGGAGGCCGUCAAGGCCGGCGCGACGAUCACCUUCUCCGUCGAGGGCGUCGAGGCCGGUGGUGCUGGGUGCAAGGUCACGCUUAUCCGUACCGGUAGCGUCACGCACUCGUCCAACACGGACCAGCGUCGCAUCCCGCUUGACAACGUGCAGGUUGACGGUCAGGCCUUCACUGCCAAGUUGCCCGAGGACUAUGGCAUCCUGCUUCCUGGAUUCUACUACCUGUUUGUCUCGAAUGCGCAGGGCACGCCUAGCAUUGCGAAGACUGUGCACGUUGUCUUGUAG